UUCAUACUGACAAGAUGUUAGCCAAUGGGAUCAGUAGGAGCCCAGGAGGCGGGGGGGAUCUAGGAAUACGGGUGGGGGAGAAAUAACACCAGGCGUGGCGUAAAUACUUCCGCCUUUCUCAAAGGACCACAAAAAUGACGGCGACCCUGCGUCCGUACCUGAACGCCGUGCGUGCCACCCUGCAGGCGGCCCUGUGUUUGGAGAACUUCUCCUCUCAGGUGGUGGAACGGCACAACAAGCCGGAGGUGGAGGUCAGGAGCAGCAAAGAGUUGUUGUUGCAGCCGGUGGUGAUCAGCCGCAACGAUAAGGAGAAAGUCCUGAUCGAGGGCUCCAUCAACUCGGUGCGGGUCAGCAUCGCCGUCAAACAGGCGGACGAGAUCGAGAAGAUCCUGUGCCACAAGUUCAUGCGCUUCAUGAUGAUGCGAGCGGAGAACUUCUUCAUCCUGCGAAGGAAACCUGUGGAGGGCUAUGACAUCAGCUUCCUCAUCACUAACUUCCACACGGAGCAGAUGUACAAGCACAAGCUGGUGGACUUCGUCAUCCAUUUCAUGGAGGAAAUUGACAAAGAGAUCAGCGAGAUGAAGCUGGCUGUCAAUGCACGCGCUCGCAUCGUCGCCGAGGAAUUCCUCAAAAACUUUUGAGGAUCUGUCUCUGAGCCCUUUAUGGAGAUUCCUGUAGAGAGAGGCAUCGCAGGCUUUUACAGCUCAGCAGGAGCUCAUCGUCAGUGAAUCAACCGUCAAAAACCAACCCGAGGAACGACCGACCGACUGACCGACCGAUCCUGCGAUGUCGUAUGCAGCGUCCCCUUUUCCCCUUUUCGCCUUCCGACUCCUGUUUAAGGUGCUUCUUGUUCCCAUGGAUAUUGAUAAUUGUACAUUUGAACAUUAAAACAAAAAAAACCCCACAUUUUCUGAGGAAAAAAAAUACUCAAGGUCAAGGCAGGUCCUUAAAAAGUAUUAUUCAAAUAUCCAUUAAUAUUGAUGGGCACAGGAAAUACCGUCAACACGAUGUAAAGUCUCCAGUGGCUUCUAUUCUCUGUUUCGUCUUUUAUAUACUCCAUGUGUUUUUUUUUUUGUUUGUUUGGUUUUUUUUUUGUUAUUAAGGAAAAAAGAAUACAUGGCAUUGUGACAGGAAAAAAAAGUGGGUGUUUAUAUUUUGACACAGCCUCUGAUUAUAAUUCCAGGUGAAAAGUAAAGUAAUGACUGCAAAAAAAAAAAUGUCAAACUGAUGGUAACGAUAAAACCAAUAAAGAUAUAUUGCGCUUUGUGUA